CUUUAUGGUCCAGAGUGCAAAUCAGUUCUCGGUCUUUGCAUUUUUCAGUAAUCUUUUAAAAUGUAAGAUUUAAAAACAAAUCUCAUAAUUCACGUUACAAGGUCCUUAUAGGUUGUGUGAAUCUGAUGAAAUAUGAUUUUUGUCCCCCCCCCCCCCACACACAUUCUUUGGUUUAUGAUGAACAGGGAUUCAAAAUGUUUCCAAAACAACCGUAAAUUACAAAAUACAACCCAUGAGACAAAUGGAAGAGUUUCAUGAUGGAAAUCAGGAAAUGGUGAUUAAUUUCUUUUGCUGUCAAUAAAAAAUAAUAUCCAAUACAGAUCGUGCAAGUUUCUCCCCCGGUCCUGAGUGUUGAGCAGCUGUCGAUCAGCUCGCUUGUUUGUAGCCAUUCGAGCUAAAAAGCUAGCUCCUCGCAAUGGAGCGCGUCUCCUCCAGCCCGCCGCCUCCCUUCCCGGCCUCCCCCGCGAAGGACGACGACUCCACGGACACCUCGAGCGACGACGACCGCUUGGGCGACGCGUUCGGCGACCUGGCGGCGCUGCCGGUCGAGGUUAGCGAGCGAAGACCGACGUGUUCACGGUGCCGUCGCCCACAGAAGGUGUGUCUGUGCCCGUUCCUACCCGCACAACCUCUGGAAGUGUCCACAUGUCUCUACAUCGUCCAGCACCCUGCAGAGGAAAGCCGAGUUCUUCGCACGGUGCCACUUCUCGCCGCGUGUUUACCGCCGGGGAAGUGCAACGUCAUUAUCGGGAGACGCUUUAACGAAGCCAAGAACCCGGAGCUGGCCGAAGUGUGCCGGGACAGCCGGACUCUGAUCCUUUACCCGGGCCCCAACUCGCAGAACUUGGAAGAGUUGGCGCCGGUGCCGAGAGAGGGCGGUGCGACGCAUAACAUCAUCCUCAUCGAUGGCACUUGGAGCCAGGCCAAAAACAUUUUCCUCAAAAACAGCAUCCUGCACUUCCCCAAGCAGGUGCAGCUUAACCGAAGUCUGCUGAGCCAGUACGUGAUCCGCACGCAGCCGUCCAACAUCUGCCUGUCCACGCUGGAGUGCGCCGCGGUCGCGCUGUCCAUCCUGGAGUGCAAUGACAUCUUCCAAGAGGUGCUGCUGAGGCCGCUGAAGGCCUUGUGCACCUUCCAGCUGGAGCACGGCGCUCAGGUGCACCACAGCAAGGAGCACCUGCUGAAGAACGGCAUGUACGACAAAACCAUGCCCAAGAACAAGCGCAAGAUCAAGAGGCUGGAGAAGCUCGUGAGCGACCGCAACUGCCUGCUGAGAUGAUCGCCGUUGUUCGGGCGAACGGUCACUUUUUUUUCGCGGGGGCGUAGGGGGUCAAUUUUGAAGGGACACUAUCUUAUUUUUUUCUCUGCUAUUUUUUUUUUUUAUUUGAUGCUGAUUUAUUUAUUUGAAUAAAUCAUUUUUUUAAAUAGCACUUUUAACCAUUCUUGUUUGUAUUUUGUACAACAUACUGGGUAU